CGCUUGGUCUCCAAUCCCCAGUCUUACCCAACGAAGAAACCCCAAAAAUUGGAGGUUGAACCUUCUCAAAACCCUAAUUUCACAACACCAAUUCUCUUCCCUCAAUCAGAUCUCAAUCACAUGGCGAAAGAGUUUAAGGUCCCACCGGUGGCUUUUCCAUCCGCAGGAAACCCCACCGCCGCCGGUCCAAACCUCCAGCAGCGGCGUGUACCUACGCCUCCGUUCCAACCGAACUCCGGCUCCGGCAUCCCCUUCAUGUCCUUCGACAUAGGCUCCGUCGCCGCGUCCACCUCUUCAGGUCCAAUUUACACUGGCCCCGUCGUGGGCGGUGGCUCUGCCAACUUCGACGACGAGGAGCCUCUCCUCGACGAGCUAGGGAUCCACCCAGAGCAAAUCUGGAGCAAAAUCAGAUCGGUGCUUAAUCCAUUUCGGGUAAAUCACACAGUUCACAAGGACUCGGAUCUAUCGGGGCCCAUUCUACUCUACAUGUCAUUUUGCCUCUUCCAGUUACUCGCCGGAAAAAUCCAAUUCGGUGUGAUCUUGGGUUGGAUCGUGGUUUCUUCCAUAUUCUUAUACGUGGUUUACAACAUGUUGGCGGGUCGAACCGGUAAUCUGAACCUGCAUACCUGCACCAGUGUCGUGGGUUACUCUAUGUUGCCGGUGGUGAUUUUCUCGGCUAUGUCGCUGUUUUUGCCUCAGGGCGGGUUCUUCGCGCUCGCUUUCGCCGCAGUUUUUGUGUUGUGGGCGACAAGGGCUUCGACUGGUCUCGUGGUCUCGCUCGCGGAUGGCGGGGAUGAACAUCGCGGGUUGAUAGCGUACGCGUGUUUCUUGAUUUACACUCUGUUUUCGUUGCUUGUCAUAUUCUAGGCACGUGAUUGGCGCUGAGACUUUUGGAUCGCAGUGCUUUUGUGUCUUUCCACCCCUUUGCAUUUUGAUCCUUGUGAUUUUAUCUUAGCAGUCAUACUGUGAUGUAGAAAAUGAAUAUAUUGACCUUGAUGGAAAGUUCUUUGUUUUAAAAGGUAUCCCUUAUUGACAUGUUUGUGUGUGU